CUACGCUUCAAACUAGACAUUUACCCGGAAGUUAUUUUGGUAACCUUGGGAAUGCUUCCGGGAUUUCUUUCACGAACAUGGCUGCUUCGUGAAGCGACUUCUAUGUUUCUGUUCACUACAUGCACACGUUUUAUUUAUAGUUGUAGGUAAAUAUUUGCACGUAAACUAUUAGAGUAAGCAGUCGAUUGUCAGCCAGUAUGUUUCAAGUUAUUACCAGAAGUACCCCGGUAAUCCGGCUACUCGCCCCCCGUGGAGCCGUACUUGUGGAGGCUGUCCGGGGUAGGAAGACCCGCACCGACCCCAAGGCCAAAUCCAAAGAGGGGCGCAUCAAAACGCCACCUCCCGUCGAUCCGGUAGAGAUGGUGGUCCUCAGAGAGAGAUUCACAGAGUAUGAUCUGAUCAUGAGAGCGCUGAGGUAAGGCAAGACCGCAAUGCACUUCCACGUUUGUUUUAGACGUGCUGUGUUUCAGGCCAAAAUCUAAGGUUCAAUCUAAGGUUACUGAUAGCUAGUACUGUAUAAGAUUGAAAUUGUCUCUGAUCAGUUUCGGUACUGAUAAAAAAAUAAGUAGCUAGCUAGGUUUCAGUUAUCCCAUUCAUAGUCAUAAAGAUAAAUAGUAAUGGCGUCUUUUUGUAGGCACUAACUCCGCCAUGGUUCGUUGCCUAUGAGGAAAAUUAAUUGCGUUUUUUUUUUAGGGUUUAUGGUUAAACGCCGAAAAUAAGGUAUGUGGUCAAUACAGGCACAGGAUAUCUGAUACGUAUUGUUCCAUGGGAUCAUUUUAAUCAGCUAAUGUCACUUUUUGUGAAUUUUGAAGAAUGUUUAUAAUAAUAGGCUGGACACAUGACAUUUUUAACAACGCUUUUUUCAUUGUGCCCCCAUGGAGCCCAGUUUCAUUAUAUGAAUUUAUGUCCUAGCGGUUACCGUAGUUUUGAAGUAAUCGCGAAAAAACAGGCCUUCUUUUAGGGUGUUUUGUUGCUUGAAAUGACGUUAGAAGCAAAAUGUGGGUUUCCUCAAAAUAAUAAUUAUUGCAAGAUAUGACAUAACAUAAUAAAGGAAUUUGAAUAUGUGACAAGAGAAAAUAAAGUGUGCCAGAUCAUUUUCCAUCAAUGGAUGUUGAUUUAACUCAUUUGACCGCUACGAUUAAGCAAUAAGGCAUAAGGGGGUGUGGUAUAUGGCCAAUAUACCAUGGCUACGGGCUAUUCUUAAGCAUGAUGCAACGCGGAGUGCCUGGAUACAGCCGUUAGCCGUGGUAUAUUGGCCAUAUACCAAAAACCCCCGAGGUGCCUUAUUGCUAUUAUACACUGGUUACCAACAUAAUAAGAACAGUAAAAAGUAAUGAUUUGUCAUACCCGUGGUAUAUGGUCUGAUAUACCAUGGCUUUCCGCCAAUCAGCAUUCAAGGCUCGAACCAGGUUUAUAAUUGUAAAUAAAUCCCCUUUGCGCAUGUGCAUAACUAUAGAUACAUCUGACAGGAGAGUUUGAGUGAUGAAAGUUGGACAGAGGAUCUCAAUCUCUGAGCAAGAAACACUUGGACGAACAAAAAAUAAUAAUGUUAGGCUAUUUUCUGGCAAUUGUGCUGUUAUUAUGUGCCAGAUGUUAAGACUACAAACCGUUAUAAACGGCCCGUUUGCGAGAUUGACUUGUCAUUUCAAUAGGCAUAGACUACAGACUCAAAUCGGGGUUUAUGAUUGUAAUUCAGUUUUGACACGGUUUGCUUAGAUAAAGGCAGGUAGCCUAUAUCCCCUGAUAGUCCUACAUCUAAUUUCAGAUAGUCUACAGUAGCCUAGACAAGAUGUAGGCAAGAUGUAAACUGAACGAUUUAGCAGCUUGUUUAGUUGAAAUUAACAGACUAAUUUAUUCUACAUGAGUAGCGAGGUGAUUUCGAGGUAAGAAGUGUUUCCAAAUAGCCAGCUGGAACAGGCUACUGAGGAAUUAGAUAUUAAUUAUAUGAACUGAAUAUGCUUGUCAACAACCGCCAGUGAUGCAGACAAUUACAUUGAUGGAAGUUACAAUCUAUGCAAUAUUAAAGCUGAUCUACCCCCUAAAGAAAAUAAAGAAAAAAUAAAAUAAAUUGGCUGGCGCCUACCAUGAAACCUUUUCAGUUGACCGGGGCAGCUCUAGCAGGGCAGAAAUUUGACGAACUGACUUGCAUCCUAUGACAGUGCCACGUUGAAAGUCACUGAGCUCUUCAGUAAGGGUAAUUCUACUGCCAAUGUUUGUCUAUGGAGAUUGCAUUGCUGUGUGCUCGAUUUUAUACACCUGUCAGCAACGGGUGCGGCUGAAAUAGAAUCCACUAAUAUGAAGGGGUGUCCACAUACUGCUGUAUAUAUAGUGUAUCUCUAUUAGAAUCCACUAAUAUGAAGGGGUGUCCACAUACUGCUGUAUAUAUAGUGUAUCUCUAUUAGAAUCCACUAAUAUGAAGGGGUGUCCACACUGCUGGAUAUAUAGUGUAUCUCUAUUAGAAUCCACUAAUAUGAAGGGGUGUCCUCAUACUGCUGUAUAUAUAGUGUAUCUCUAUUAGAAUCCACUAUAUAAGGGGUUGUCCACCACUGCUGGAUAUAUAGUUGUAUCCUAUUAGAAUCCACUAAUAUUGAAGGGGUGUCCUCAUAAUGCUGUUAUAUAUAGUGUAUCUAUCUUAGAAUCCACUAAUAUGAAGGGUGUCCACCAUACUGCUUUGUAUUAUAUUAGGCUAUCUCUAUUAGAAUCCUAAUAUGAAGGGUGUCCAAUUGUCCAGCCAUUACCUGCUGUCAUAUAGUGUAUCUCUAUUAGAAUCCACUAAUAGGAAAAGGGGUUGUCCACAUACUGCCUGGAUAUAUAGUGUACUAUUAGAAUCCACUAAUAUGAAGAGGUGUCUCCACAUACUGCUGGUAAAUAUAGUGUAUCUUCUAUUAGAAUCCACUAAUAUGAAGGGGGUGUCCAAUACGGCUUGUAUUUUUAUUUUUUUUGUUAUUUUUUUUAUAUAGUCUAUCUCUAUUAGAUCCACUCAUAUGAAGGGGUGUCACAUACUGCUGUAUAUAUUAGUCUAUCUCAUUAGAAUCCACUAAUAGGAAGGGGUGGUCCACUAUACUGCUGUUUAUAUAGUCUAUCUCUAUUAGAAUCCACUAUAUGAGGGGUGUCCACAUACUGCUUGUAUAUUAUAGUGUAUCUCUAUUAGAAUCCAUAAUAUGAAGGGGGUCCACAUAAUGCUUAUCCCCCUACCACUUCACCUAAUACGCGCGGUCCACCCAUACUGCUGUAUAAUAGGGAUCUCUAUUUAGAAUCCCACUAAUAUGAAGGGGUGUCCACAUAUGCUUGUAUAUUAGUGUAUCUCUAUUAGAAUCCAAUAAUAUGGAAAGGGGUUUGUCCACAUACUUGCUGUGUAGGUAUAUAUAUGGUAUCUCUAUUGAAUCCACUAAUAUGAAGGGGUGGUCACAUACGCGUAUAUAUAGUGUAUUUGUGAAUCUAUUAGCAUGUCUGAACACCGUGAGCUAACUGGGGAGGAAGUGUAGUUCAAAUGAGGGCACAUGCUGUGGAUCUGCCAAAUUAUUAAACUGUUACAAUAAGUGUAUAUUUAGAUAUUUGAACCGAUUCUUCUUUCUCUAUGACAUGAAAAGACAAGGGCCAUAUCAGCAUAUGUUUCUAAAAAACUGUUCAAAAGCGCUGCUAUUAUUGAGUUUCUAAAACAUUUUAAAACACAGCGUUUUAAAAGUGUAGGUUACGUGGAUUUGGAGCGAACCCUACGUCAGGGCUGAAAACCCUACAUAAAGAAGAAACGCAAGGGCUCGUCAGGUAUGCGAACACAGCCACACAGAGAAGAAGGGUUUCAGUAUGGCGAAACAGACAUACAGGAAGAAGGGUUUCAGUGGCAGGACCACAGACAUACAGAGAAGAAGGGUGUCACGUAUGCAGAACAAAGACCAUACCAGAGAACAGAAGGGUUCAGUAUUGCAGAACCGACAGAAGAAGAAGGGGUUCAGGAUGAGAAAAGACAGACAGAGGAAGAAGGGUUUCAGUCUGCAGAACACAGACAUUACAGAGAAGAAGGGUUCAGUAUGCAGAAAACAAAGAACAGACAGAGAAGAAAGGGGUUCAGUAUGCAGAACACAGACAGAAGAGAAGAGGGUUUCAGUAUGAGAACAGACCAGACAGGACGAGAAGAAGGGUUUCAGUAUGCAGAACAAGACAACACAGAGAAGAAGGGGUUCAGUUAGCAGCAGAACAAGACAUACAGAGAAGAAGGGUUGCAGCUAUGACAGAAAACAGAAGACAGAGAAGGAAGGGUUCAGUAUGCAGAACACAGACAGACAGAGAAGAAGGGGUUCGUAUGCAGAAAACCGAAGGACAGAGAGAAGGGUUGUCAGUAUGCAGAACCCGACAUACAGAGAAGAAGGUUUCAGUAUGCAGGAACACAGACAGACUAGAAGAAGAAGGGUUUUCAGUAUGCAGAACACAACAUACAGAGAAGAGAAGGGUUUCAGUAUGCAGAACACAGACAGACAGAGAAGAAGGGGUUCAGUAUGCAGAACACAGACAGACAGAGAAGAAGGGUUUCAGUAUGCAGAACACAGACAGAGAAGAAGGGUUUCAGUAUGCAGAACACAGACAUACAGAGAAGAAGGGUUUCAGUAUGCAGAACACAGACAGACAGAGAAGAAGGGUUUCAGUAUGCAGAACACAGACAUACAGAGAAGAAGGGGUUCAGUAUGCAGAACACAGACAGACAGAGAAGAAGGGGUUCAGUAUGCAGAAACACACGACAGAGAAGAAGGGUUUCAGUAUGCCGAACACGCUACGAGAGAAGGGUUUCAGUAUGCAGAACACAGACAGACAGAGAAGAAGGGGUUCAGUAUGCAGAACACAGACAGACAGAGAAGAAGGGUUUCAGUAUGCAGAACACAGACAGACAGAGAAGAAGGGGUUCAGUAUGCAGAACACAGGGGACAGACGAGAAGAAGGGUUUCCAGAGAUGCAGAACGGGACAGACGUCUAUAGUGUCGUGGGUCAAGAUUGGUGUGAGGUUGUGUUGUUGAUUGGUGUGUGUGUGUGAUGUGGUGAGGGUGUUGGGAUUGGUGUGAGGUGUGUUGUGAUUGGUGUGAGGUGUGUGUGAUUGUGUGAGGGUGUGUGUGAUUGGUUGUGGUGUGAUUGGUGUGAGGUGUGGUGUGAUUGGUGUGUGGUUGGCUGUGAUGGGGUGGGUGAUUGGUGUUGAUGGGUGUUGUGGUGUGAUUGGGUGAUGUGGAUGGUGUGAUGUGGUUGUGACUGGUGAGUGAUAUUGGUGAUGUGGUUGCAGGCUGGAGUUCAAGGAGGAGAUGCUUGAGAGAGGUAUGACGAGGAGGGGCUCUCUGGGGAGGGGAGAGGGCGAAGCAGUGAAAGGCAGAGCACCGCUUCCAUAGACCUGGUGGAACCAGGAGGAGAAACCUCGCCAUGCUCAAGAUCAGGUCAGGAAGGAACAUUGACAUCGGUCUGCUCGUCCCAAAUGACACAUUUCCUACAUGGUGCCUCUGGACUAGUUCAGUUUCAUGCCCUUUCAGUCCCUCCUCCAUGUCCCAUAGCUCAUGGCCCUUUCUCUUUCCUCAGAUUUCUCCUCCAAAGAGUCUGUCUUUCCUCAUCUGUGCGUCUCUCGCCGUCGCACUUCUUCUACUCUUUACUUAUCUUCAUUCCUCUCUGCUCUCAUCUCUCCCGCUCCCCCUCCAACACACAGAACACAAACGGACAAGUACACCGCGUGGGCAUCGGGGGUGGGGGGGACACAUGGGGAUGAAGUUUGGGGUGUAGUGCGCUGCGCUUAGGGCGGCUGUUAUGGUGAGUGGCGGGGCAGGGAGUUUUUGAAGGGUGGGGAGGGGUGGUGUGUCGGGAGUUAGCCCUCUGAGGACCUCACUCACGACAUACGAUACAUUUUAGACGGCGUUGGAGUAAAGAGUGCUACACGUUCGUAAUACGAAGAAGACUGUAAGACCACGAUUCGUGGAACAGGGUACAGAAGUGUGAGGUAAAGGCAAACUGAGGAAUCCUCUCUCUGUUGUGCGAGUGUCUCCCAACGACAGUGGCCAGUUGAGUUCGCAAAACAACUUAAGAAUGCACUCCUAGGAUGAAAAUUCAACACACAAACUAAGCACUUGUGUGCUCGAUGCUAUCCUCCACCUCUCUCAUAUCUAAUCCCGUACACAACCCCCACCUACAACCAUAAGGUAGUAAAAAACAAAACACACCAAACCCAGACUAGAGACAACAAAGCAAGACACACAACAACCAAAAAAGGACUAACAAAGAAAGGCAGAGGAAAAAAAAAUAAAAGAACUUUGGGGGUGGCUAAGUACGCGACAGUUAGGGAAGGAAGAGAUAAAGGAGAGUUAAGAGAGGAGAAAACAAAAAAACCAAGUAAAGAAUAAGGAAGAGGAGAACCAAAAGUCAGUCGAACCCGAGGACUGCAGAUAAGACAUAUCUAUAGCUCUCCAUCACCUGUCAGAUGACACUGCGUCCUCUAGUGUAAUCUCUCUCUCAUCUCUAUCUCUCCUCACUUCUCUCUAUCUAUCCGCUCUCUUGUCGCUCUCUCUCGCGCUCAAUACUCCUCUCGUCUCCUCCUAUGUACCCAUUAUCAUAUAUCUACGCUUCUCUUCAAAGAAAUAAGACUCACUCUGCUAUUCUCUCUCUUUUAACCUCUACCACAAUGAGAGUCGUCUCUCCAUAUCUUAAUAACCCUCCCCAGAUCUACCAUUCUAUAUAGCUAUUAUCCCUCCAUUCUCUUCUUUACAUCUCUCUUACGUGAGUGCUAUUCUAGUCUCUCUUUCCCCGAUACUCUAUACGCCACUCUAACACGGGGUACAAUAAUGGUGAAGAAAAAGAAAGUAAGAGAGAGAAGGGAGAAAAAAGAGGUGAGGGAAGAGUGUACGGAAAAGCGAGAUCGACACCAGGAAAUUCCAGAGAGAGAGAGAUGAGAGAGAGAGAGGAGAGAGAGAGAGAGAGGGAGAAGAGAGAGAGAGUUGCCACUUACUUUCUGAUCCCCGCCACUUGAGCACCUGUUAGCAUUCUUGUGUCAUCACCUCUCCCUAACAUUUCUCGGCUCAAGAGGGGCAGACGAGCGAGAGAGAGCGCGGUCGCGAGCGAGAGAGCGCGGGCGCAGAGCAGAGGGAGAGAGGGCGCGCUGGCGAGGGCGGAGCAGCGCGCGGAGCGAGUAGAAGCAAGGCGAGGGAGAAGACGCGAGAGAGAGUCGGGAGCGAGCGCGACGCGCGGGAAGAGGGAGAAGAGAGAGCGAGCGGAGCAGAAGCGGCGCCGAGAGAUGAGGCGCGAGGAGAGCGGCGAGAGCUGGCGAAGAGGAGAGAGCGAGAGAGCGGAGCGGGAUCCGGCUAGCGAGCGCGCUCGCAGAGAGGCGCGCGUCGAGGAGAGAGGAGCCGAGCGGCGCAGCGCGCGAGCGCGACGCGAGUCGAGCGAGGAGAGAGCGCGAGCGCCGAGCGAGCGCGAGACGGAGCGCCGCGGCGAGGACGAGAGAGAGCGCGCGGCGCAGAGAGCGCGAGAGGAAGAUGGGGAAGAGAGAGAGAGAGACGCGGGAGAAGAGCAGAGAGAGAAGAGAGAUAAGUAGAGAAGAGGAGAGAGCGCGGAGAGAGAGAGCGGGCGAAAAGAGAGAGAGAGUAGAGGAGAAGAGAGAGAGAGGGAGCGACGCGAGAAGGGAGAAGAGAGAGAACGAGAGAGGGAGGGAAGAGAGAGCGCGAGAGAGAGAGGGAGAGCGAGAGAGAGCAGAGGAGAGAGGGAGAAGAGAUAGAGGAGAGAGAGCGGAGGGAAGAGCGAUCGCGAGAGAGAGAGGGGAAGAGAGAGAGGAGAGAGCGGAGAGAGGAGAGAGAGAGAUCUCUAUCUCUCUCUCUCUCUCUCUCGCUCUCUCUCUCUCUGCUUUCUCUCUCUUUCUUUCUCCUCUAUCUCUCUCUCUGUCUCUGUCUCUCUCUCUCUCUCUCUCCUUCUCUCUCUCUCUCUCUUUCUUCCUCUCUCGCUCUCUCUGUCUCUGUCUCUCUCUCUCUCUCUCCCUCUAGGGAACUGAGGGUUCAGAAAGAGGUGGAAGCAGCUGAGGUCAAGAAGGCCGAGGCAGCCAUUCUGCGAGAGCAGGCCAUGGAACACUUUGUCAAAGAGAAGGAAGGGGAGAUAAUGCGCUUCCAGGUAUGUCGAGGUUUCAAAGCCAAAGUUACGUUAUUGACCUUGUCGUAAACAAAUGCGGCGCCAUGUUGGUGGAAGUUGUUUUCCUCUGAAACUAGAAUGCUGUAGUGUAAAUGCAUCAUAAUGCAACGCUACACACAUGGCUCUGCUUCCACUGUGUUCCAGGAGGAGGCCAAGGACCUUCAUCACCCUGGAGAACCUGGACCAGCGUAUUGAGGAAGCCCUGGACGACCCUAAGAACUAUAACUUUGCCAUCGACAAAGAUGGCCGUGUGGUGAAGAGGACUGUGCUGCAGUGAGAGAGACUGAGGAUGGCUGGGAGUGUAGGGGGAAGUUGAUCCUAGACUCUGAUCUGGGUUCAGUUGAGCUUUUUUUCCCCACUAAUGGUUACUAAGGUUACGAUUGUGGGAGGGGAAGCUGACCCUAAUAUGGUAUGGUGAGGCCCCUGGCAAUUCCCAGCCCU